AUGUACAAUAACAUUACGGAGGAGAUAUCUGUGGAGCGUGCGCAAGCGCAUGUAGUUGUUCUUCUGACUCUAUAUGUUCUUGUUUCUAUAUUCGGUAUUAUUGGUAAUGUAAGUUUAAUGGCUGCUCUGGCGUCUUCGGGAGCAUCUCGUCUUCGUACUCCACAGUUAUUGAGUGCCUGUGCAGCUGAUCUUCUUGUGUGUGCUGCCAGUGCUCCGCUAGCUGCCACUAGAGCAGCCAGAUUACAUCACUUACCGUGUCAUGUCUCGCACUAUAUUGAGUCGUUUCCUGUUGCUGCCAGUACUUUCUCCUUAGUAGCGAUAGCUGCGGAUCGUUGUUGUGCUGUGCGACGUGGACGCGGCUCCUUAUGCUCCAGACCCUAUAUUGCGAUCACCUUUGUAUGGAUUGCAGCUUUGUUACUUGGUGCAAUGACAGUCCUAGCAACUUGUUUGUCCUGGCCACCAUUGGCAGCGGUACAUGCGAUUAUCACUUAUUGCAUUCCUGUGGUGGCAGUCACUAGAUGUCACUGGGCUGUUCGAGUGAAACUCACUGCUUUAUCACUUACUGCCAGAGCUGCUCAUGGAGAGUUACCACUACCAGUUCCUCUAAUGCGUCGACCAACCCACGUCAUAAUAGUAGCUGGAGUUGGCCCUCGAGAACGCCGAGACGCAGUAGAUGUGGGAGAUAUUAGAGCCAAGAAACUUCAGCCAAGUCUUCUUGGGCCUCAACCGCAGACAUCGACAUUACGCUCACGAAGACGUCUUGGAAAUGUACUUCUUGCAAUUGCUGCAAUAUUUGCAGCUUGUUGGUGUCCCUAUGCAGCUAUAGUUAUCUUUAGCGCCUUUGGUUUUAAUACCCCAAUAGUGUUAGCACAGUAUGCACUGCUGUGUGGCUACGCGCAUUCAGCGAUAAACGCCACAGCGUACUGGAUGUUAAACAGACAUGCAUUGACUGCUGCGUGCAAUGCAUGGCGCAUUCCGCAGCUCAGAGUUCGUGAGGAGAGACCUUCCUCAACGAACGAAGCAGCGCUAGGAGCGUUUCACCCACGCCUGGCCCGACCAGCACCAUCUCCUCGACCCCCUCCUUCUAGCUUUCUAUAUUGA